UGGACGCCCGAGGACGACGCCGUGAUCCUGCGCUUCGUGCGCGAGUGCGGCACCAAGCGCUGGGCCAAGAUCGCGGCGCUGCUGCCGGGCCGCACGCCCAAGCAGUGCCGCACGCGCUGGCUCAACUUCCUGGACCCGGCCAUCGACAAGGCUCCGUGGCGCGCGGACGAGACGCAGCUCAUCCUGGCGGCCCAGGAGCGGCUCGGCAACCGCUGGGCCGAGAUCGCCAAGCUGCUGCCCGGCCGCACGGACAACGCCAUCAAGAACCACUGGUACUCGACCUACCGCCGCCGCUGCAGACAA